CUCUGCAGUCUCCAGCCAAGAGAACAUCAGCAGCCAUGAACACCUUCUCCAACCGCAGCAGCAGCUUCGUCAGGACCUCCGGCGGCAGAGGCCCCGUGUCCAUCUCCUCCUCCUCCAUCCGCCUCGGAGGUGGCCUGGGAUCUGGCAGUGUGUACGGUGGAGCAGGAGGAUCUGGAGUACGGAUCUCCAAGUCCUUCUCCACUGGCUCCUCUGCUGCUGCUGGAGCUGAGCUGAGCAUGGCUGAGGGCCUUACAGUCAACGAGAAGGGCACCAUGCAGAACCUGAACGACCGCCUGGCCACCUAUCUGUCCAAGGUCCGCUCCCUAGAGAAGGCCAAUGCCGACCUGGAGCUGAAGAUCCGUGAGUUCCUUGAGAAAAGGACCAUGCCUGAGGUGCACGACUACACUCGCUUCAGGGUGCAGAUCAAAAGUCUGCAGGACCAGAUCUGUGACGCUGCUCGUCAAAAUGCUGCUAUCGUCCUCUCCAUCGACAACUCCCAGCUGGCCAUCGAUGACUUCAGAGUCAAGUAUGAGAACGAGCUGGCCAUGAGACAAUCUGUGGAGGCUGACAUCUCCAACCUCAGGAAGGUUCUGGACGAUUUGCUGAUCGCUCGCAGCGACUUGGAAAUGAGGCUGGAGGGCCUGAGGGAGGAGGUGCUGCUGCUAAAGAGGAACCAUGAAGAGGAUCUCCUGGCUCUGCGCGCCAGAGUGGGAGGACAGGUGAACGUGGAGGUGGACGCUGCACCUCAGGAGGACCUGUCAGCCGUCAUGGCCUCUAUCAGAGAACAUUAUGAGAAUGUGGCUGCCAAGAACCGCAAAGACUUGGACACCUGGUUCCAGGCCAAGAUAGCUGAGCUGAACAAAGACAUGGCGGCCAAAACCGAGACCCUGGAAACAUCAAGGUCCGAGAUCACCGAGCUCACAAGGACUCUACAGAAUCUGGAGAUCCAACUGCAGAGUGAGCUCAGCAAGAAAAAUGUUCUGGAAGGAUCUCUGGCUGAGACCAAGCUCCGCUACAACAACAUCCUGGCAGGGUACCAGAGGCAGGUGAGCGCUCUGGAGGAGCAGCUGGCUCAGCUGAGAGCAGACCUGGAGCACCAGGGCCAGGAGUACAAGAUGCUGCUUGACAUCAAGACCAGGCUGGAACUGGAGAUCGCAGAGUACAGGAGGCUGCUGGAUGGAGAGACCGAAAAGUGAGCUUUAGUUUAUGAA